GGUAGCAAUCUAGGUGGCGGGGAGUUCGAUCAAAGAUGGCGGUGCGAACUUCGAGUUUAGGGACAACAAACACCAUUCUUUUAUGGAGCAUGAGGUCAUAUUCAUUAAAACAAGCACUCUAAUGUGAACUUGUAAUGCUGGUACAAAAAUAGCGACUAAAAAGCUACUCCUAGUUAGCUUGUUUUUAUUUUAGCUGACGCUUGCAUACAAGAUGAGUGACUCAAUUUGACAAGUACAACAAUGUCGGRAAAAAAGUUUCCCGAAACAGAGUCGUUUAGUCCUUCGGUAAAACGAACUUGGAGCUGGAGGCACCGUGAAGGAGCUUCGGUUGAUAUAGAUGACCCUAAUAGUGCACUCUUGGAACUAUUAACCCUUGAGGAAGAACAGAAUGAUAGGCCUGAUGGACUGACAUCUCAAGAAGCCUACAAGAGACUAGUUGAGGUAAUACAAGAAGAACUACAAGCAUUCAACUUCACCUGCAAAGCAAGAUGGACUAAAGAUAUAUGGACAACCCUUAAUAGUAACCCUCAUUCUUCAGUUAGCUGGACUAGUAUAGUCUUUUUUCUCUUCGAAUUGUGUGCGUUGAUAAUUACAUAUGGAGUUUUACCAGAAAAAAGAUCCAGUCUGCCAUUCAUAGAAGGACUAAUAGUGUUCCUAAUAGCUGUAGCCAAUGUUGUAUUAUGUGUGCGUGAAGAAAGCCUAAGACGUAGAGAGGUGUACGAAAGUAUUAAAUCCAUACUUGAAAAUUGUGCAGGGUAUUGUAACUGGAACCCCCCAGACUACAUUGAUCCUUGCACUCCAUCCUCGCCAUCCAUAUCCUUGACACAUGUGUACCGUGAUGGCGAGCUUGUAAAUGUUCCUUGUAAUUUAUUGGUUCAUGGCGACAUUAUUGUCCUUGGCCCCAGCCAAUCAGCACCAGCCUGUGUUGAGCUCAUUGAGAAUACAAAAUAUAAUGCUGAAGAUGCAUCAAAUGAACAACAGCAGGUGCUAGUACUGGAGAAARGAGAGAUGUACAACCCAGAUUUACCAUCAUCAAAAUCUACAGAUGAUACAGCACAUCCUUGUCAGCCAAAACCGAGAAAGAUGUUCAUUGUCAAAGAAGCUCCAUUCAAGGCUACUCUUAAUUUCUUGUUAAAGAAUUCUUCAAAUAGACCCGUAAGCAUAUUAGAGAAUGAAAAACAUUUCAUUGCCAGUACUAUCAUAGAAAAGAGGUUUCUCUUGAUACUCCUAGGUCUUUCGUUUUUGAUAAAUAUAACAAGGUUCCUCCUGUUGACCAAUGGCAUUGGACACAGGAGUGAAAUGGUCCUACUUCUACAGGGUUAUGUCAUUCUUCCUCUUCUUCCAUUGUCCUUUCCAAUAUUAUGGAUUUCCAUUAACUUAUACAGUGCUUCUAGAAUCAAGAUUGUUUUUGAUAAGCUCCGGGAAAAUUCUCAAAGUGAUACAAAGGUGUUGAAAAACUUUCCAGUCAGAGAUGUACUUCCCUUGUUUUGGAAAACUUUUACUGGUGAUCCAUCGUAUCUUCCUCGUACUUCUAACUUGCUUCAGGUUCUUGGGAAUAUAACGGUCUGGUGUUGUAUAGACAAGGAUGGCAUCUUAUCUCUCCCUAAUCCCUCUGUAGAAAAGGUCUUCUUCCUUCAAAGUAAAAAAUCAGUAAAACAAAGAAACACACUGGCAUCGAGGGAUCGUAAGAUAAGCUCUUGUACCUGGGAGUCAAGUGACGUGAGCAGACAAACCAGUCGAGAUGAAGGCAACAAUGAUGAUACGUCAUCAUCAUCAUCAGAUGAUGAUGAUGAUUACACAUUAGCUGAAGAUGGAAGUCACUUGAAGGGAAGAGCAGCAGUGUUGAACAUCACCACAGAUCCUGAUAGUCAGUUUGGUUUGAGGUUUGAUGACAAGAGAUGGCCUGAAUAUCUUAGUUCUUUGAAACCUUUGGGUUUGAAUAUCCUACUCAACUCUCCCUGUGCCUGUCCUGUUCGUGCAAUGCGCUUUGUUGACCACACAGCACAUCUAUCUCUUUCUCGUAAUCCUUCUCCUGUCUUGAAUCCAAGAAGAUGUCUGUGCUUGCUGGGUAAAGAGAUAGGAUUCACAGAACAAGCAUUAAACCUGUUCAGCAAGAAGCAACAUAUUGUUGUCGUCCAUUCUCUGGAUACUCCUGUGGCUGACUGUCCACUGCAGUCAUCAUCUUAUCUUGCUGUGUGUAAAGAGCGACCUGUCCCAGCCAUGGUGUCACUCAUAGUCAAGGAAGCUUACACUGGGUCGCAUCAGUUAUUGAGUCAAGGGACACCUGAUCUUGUGCUGGAUGCUUGCACAGACUUCUGGGAUGGCUCGUCAUUAAACACCAUUACAUCACAUGACAAGAAGAAAGUGCUGGAUUUUUAUCAAAGAAACAGCAUGUCUUCUCAGUGUGUUGCUUUUGCAUAUCGUCCCUGUACUGAGGUUUCUCCUGAGCACACACCAGAUGUAUUCUUGAGACUUCCUUCCAUUUAUCAGUGGAAAUCCUCUGAGAGUGUUUCAGACAGUGUUUCAGAACAGUCAAAUGAUGAUGGAGAAGGAGGCAUAACUUUUAAGUUUGAUGAUUUAUCACAUGAAGACAUCAAGUUGGAACAGCUUCUAGAAGAAGUACCGAACAUAGAAGACUCAGAUACCUACCACAAGUUACUUGGAGGACAGGUGUUUAUAGGCAUGUUGACGCUGCAGUAUCAGGCAAUUAAGGAUAUUAUACCACUGGUAGAAGAUCUCAAUAAGGCAGGAAUACGAUUUGUUCAUUUUUCUCCAGAAAAUGAGCUAAAAAGCAGGGUAUUUGCAGAGCGCAUGGGACUUGAGACAGGAUGGAACUGUCACAUUUCAUUAUCUGAGAAUGGAACGCAGUGCUCAAGAAGCAAGACAGAAAGCAGUAGCAAUGAACAGCAAGGUGGAGCAGGUGCCCAAGUUAUUGAUGUGCAUGAGCAUGAUGGUGAUGAGAAGCAUGUUAGCUGGAUUGAUAUCGAUAUCAAGACAGGAUCCAAUGAAAAAGUUGGUAGAUCAGAGACAGGUGCCAGUGCAGGUGAGAGUGAGAAGAGUGAAAGGACAACACUUCUUGGUGAUGAACAGAACACAGCUAACGAUGACUACUGGUUCUUUUACAACAGAGCCAAGUUACCACGUGGUAUUGACAACAUACGACCUCACUUGGACAACAUUGACAAUGUUCCUCUACUUGUGCCCUUGUUUACUGAUUGCACACCACAAGCUGUGAAGGAUAUGAUAGCCAUAAUGCAAGAAUAUGGGGAAGUUGUGUGCUGUGUUGGGAGCUCAUUUAAUGUGAAUAACACAAGUAUCUUCACACAGGCUGAUGUCAGUGUAUGUAUAGAGCCCCUCUUUCCUCAGCUCUGUCUCAAAGGACUCCCUAAAGACUUCCGCUCUGGUACACCUCAGCUGCAGGGCUAUGAAAAGACGCGCCAGAAGCUGAAGAAUCAAGAAAGUAUGGAAUAUAAUGAAACAGAUACCACAUCAGAAAUGGAGAAUGUAAUGUCACCCUUGGAGCUCAGCGCCUUGAUGAAUUCUUUACCUUGUGCAUUGUCAUUCCCUCGGAAUAUUGAUUUUAAGUUUAAAAGUCUUCUUAAGGAGGCUCGCCGUCUCAGUUUUGGUGUUAGAAAAUGUUUCACCUUCAUCUUAACUUGUCAGCUGAUGCUCUCUGUGGUCAUGUUCUUGUCCAGUUGUCUUCUACUGCCCCCUCCCCUGACAGGAUUACAUUUGUUAUGGUUAUCAUGUUUUACAGUACCCCUCCUUAGUAUCUCAUUGAUUGCGUCAAAGCCAAGCAAAGGGUUGAUGUCUUUGAUGACGGGUAGAAAUGAUCACAUGUUUGAGGACAUCACAUAUCCCUUCUGUAUGUACUUUGGAUGUGGUUUCCUGCCGACGUGUUUCUUUAUCUGUGUUGUUUUAUUUCCUCUUACUUUACAUGGAUUUUGUACAAUGAAAAAUGCCAAUCACAGUGACCAAUGUCACUUGUUGCUAGGAUACAGGAACACUUCUGAGCCAUGGAAUGGCCUGGGUGGUCAGUAUAUACAAGUGUUAGCCCUAGCACAGGAUCUUAAUGCAUUUAGUCUAGUGCUAUUCUUCGCUAUAAUAUCAACAAGUUUUGUGCAUCGUCUUAAGUCUCUGUGGAGAAGGUCACCAUUUUCUAAUAGACACUGGUUAUAUUCUGUUAUAGUCGUUGUUGGGUCACAACUACUGUACUUCAUCAUAUCUCAGUCCAUCUGGAUCCAAACCAAUGGUUCCUACUAUAACAUCAAGGAUCUCCCUCCAUAUAUUCUCACACUGGUGUUCCUAUGGCCUCUUGGGUCCUUGGUCAUUACAGAGCUGUUAAAACGACGUUAUAUCAAGUUGUAUGUACGAUUCCAAAAAAGAGCAAAACUAAAGUUUGGAACCAAGCUUGGAAUGAAUUCUCCAUUUUAGUCCUUUCUUCACCCAAAACUUUAUCUUCAAGAUAUCAAGACCAAAAACCACCCCACCCUAUUCCCCUUUGAAGAUUAAGGGCUAGCCCAAGAUUUAGAGCUAAAGCAUUCAAUAUUCAUAAUUGUAUUUAAAUUUUUAUGCAAUGGAGUUUAGUUCAAAUUUAAGAUAUAGUUCAUAAUUUUAAUGAAGAGAAAAAAAUUAGGCAUUCACAAUUUGUUUGAAAAUUUAUUUAAAUGUAAAUGUGCUUUUUAUUGCAUUUUUCUUACUCUACUCUCUUUUUACAGAUCAUUAUAUUAAGAUAGAGGGGAUUCAUUGUAUAAGACAUAUUAUAAGACAAAAUGGUAGAAAUAUUCUCCAUUAAGAAAUAAAAUUUCUUUUCAUAGAAAGAUCAUAGUAUUGUUCCUUUUGAGAAGAUGGCUGCAAUGAAAUCCCUCUACAAUGAAUAAAGCUUUUUUCUUUGUAAAGUGCAUUAACACAUAAAGUGCUAUAACAAAAUGCUAUUAUUCUAAGCUCAAAUACAUUGCUUUACAUGAAUUGAAUUUAUAUUUUUCAGACUUUGUAAAUAUCAAACCAAAAGAUCACUUUUUUGUGACUGUAGAUGGUCUAUUAAAAUAUCAAUAAAUAACA